AUGUUCAAAGACGAGACGGCUGUGGUGGCGAAGAAGGCGGAGAAGCGAUACGAAGCGUUGGCCCAGCAGAACUCGAUACCCAGCCCGGAACGGCCUUCGUGCGCAAGCAGCUCUCAGGCCUCUCCAGAUAUUUGGACAAAUACGGAUGUCCAACUCACUAUAUCCCCCGCAUCGUCGAUAUCGAGAUACCCAACGCCAGAAAGCAUGACUAGAGAGAUGACGCCAUCGAUCGAAGACCAAGCCAUGGGAUUCUUCAUCUCAAAUCACGUUUCGCAGCCUGGACUUGUACCGAGAGGACAGUACGAGUGGCUGCUUGAAGCCAUGAGCCAGCCUGGGUGCGAGGAGAUGUUGCGGAGCAGUGCAAACGCCGCCUGCUUAGCCGGUUUGGCCAAUUCAACAAAAAACCCCCAAUUCGAAUCAAACACCGCACGACGGAUGUUCCAUCAGUUCUACGGCAUCACGAUGCUAUGCAGCCUCGAAUCUGGCGAAGCAAUUCCGGAUGGCAUGCGCGAAUUGUACGAGUACUGCAAUCCAACAUCAGACUACGCUGUCCAAGGCCGGCAAUGGACGACCAGAAUGACACUUUUCAUGCAAGACUCGAUCGACUUGAACCGAGACAAAGACAGCGACUCAGUCACCAUGGUCUCGAAAGCUGUCAACCUCGAUCGCGAGCUCGACAGCAUCAAGGCACUCAUGCCGAAGAUAUGGCAGCAUGACACUGUUUGUCUCGAAAAGCCGUCCGAGUAUGGAUUCGGAUCGUUUUACCACAUCUACACGGACUCGUGGAUCGCCCAAAUGUGGAACAACCUCAGACUCUGUCGAAUGCAUCUCUACCGAAUUAUGCGCAAACACAUCUGGAAAGGACGCGCAUGUAAUCCUCCUCUGUUCACGAAGGAAGAAGUCGCGCCGCAGAUGGCUGCUGCCGAAAAGGUCAUGCGAACUACAACAGCAGCCAUCUGUGCGUCCGUACCGCAAUUGACAGGCAUGAUCGCCUUCCCCGACUGGCCGCCGCGCAAACCCAGUGGCUCUUUUGCAGGACUGCAUUCAGCGGUACUUGCGGAGGAUAUUCGCUACCGGAUCCACCCACCUGGGACCUUUCUCGAUCCGGGCAGGCCGACUUGCAUAUACCAUCUUGUAUGGCCGCUGUAUGCCGCCGGCUCGUCGGAUCUGUCGAGUAGCGAGAUGCGGCAGUACGCGAUUGACAUGUUAUACUUUGUUGGCUCACGGAUCGGCACGCGUCAAGCUGUUGUGUUGGCAGAGGCAUUGAAAGAGAUGCAGGGAGGUGGUCCACAGUCGAGUCUUCCGGAGCCAGUGCCCAACGUUAGCUUUGGGACAUGA